UCAGGUACGCUCGGUUCUUUCUCCAACCCUGGUCCUCGCUUCCUCUCCGGCGUCGCCGCUUCGUUUUGUUCGCUCGCUUGGUCCCUUUCGUCUCGAAUUUCUCCGGAGUCAUGAAGGUUCCCAUGGGUCCUCCCCCUCCUCGAAACCCAAACCCUACCCUCGAGAACUCUAAUGGCGAGCCUCCUCUUGCCCAGCACUCGCAGUUCAGUGCGAAUCAGGAGGGAGCUUGCGCAGCGGAGUCCGCCGUUCCGGAAUCUGAAGCAAACCCCAUCUCUUCUUCGGAGACCACUGGUACCGGGCCUGAAGUGAAGAUUGUUGAGAAACCGAGCCCUAGUGUUUCUUCCUCUUGCUCCUUCGGAUCUCAAAGCGACAAACUACCCGUUCCUUACUCGAUCCCGACGUGGAGCGAACCUCCUGGGCACCCUUUCCUCCUUGAGGUCCUUAAGGAUGGUAUCAUCAUCGAGCAACUGGACGUGUCUCAAAAAGGGGCAUAUAUGUUUGGACGUGUUGAUCUAUGUGAUUUUGUGCUGGAACAUCCAACAAUUUCCCGGUUCCACGCAGUUUUGCAGUUUAAGAAGGAUGAAGUUUUGCUCUACGAUCUUGGUAGUACACAUGGGACAUUUGUCAACAAAGUCCAGAUAAAGAAAAAAGUCUACACAGGAGUGCAUGUUGGCGAUGUUCUCCGAUUUGGUUUGUCGUCACGGUUGUAUAUUUUCCAAGGACCAACUGAGUUGAUGCCACCAGAGGGUGAUUUGGAGAAACUACGGAAUGCCAAAAUACGAGAAGAGAUGCUUGAUUGUGAAGCUUCACUAGUACGGGCAAGAGUUGAUGCAUCUCUUGCCAGUGGUAUCUCAUGGGGUUUGCAGGAGGAUGCUAUUGAAGAGGAUAUAGAGGAUGGUGCAGAUGAAAUAACAUGGCAAACUUACAAUGGACAGCUUACUGAGAGACAGGAAAAAACACGCAGCAAAAUUAUUAAAAGGAUGGAGAAGGUUGCUAACAUGAAAAAAGAAAUUGAUGCCAUACGAGCAAAAGACAUUGCACAAGGUGGCUUAACUCAAGGUCAGCAAACACAGAUAGGUCGGAAUGAACAAAGAAUAUCUCAGAUCAUGGAGGAACUGGAGAACUUAGAGGAGACACUGAAUGAAAGUAUCCAAGAAAGUGUAGGAGCUCGAUCCAGAAAGGUAGCACAUGGUACAAAGGAUAAGAACAUUGAAGAUGAAGAUGAAGUGUUGAGUGAUGACGAUGACUUCUAUGAUCGGACAAAGAAGCCUUCUGUUCGAAAACCUGGUGGACAGCAGUCAGUUGAAACAGUAACAGCUGAUUCUCUUCUUGAGAGAAGAGUAACAAUUAUCAAACAAAUUGAGGAAAUGAAGUCCCUGCUUUUAAAAGAAGAAAAAGAAAAGGAGGCUACUACCUCUGAACAAAGCACUGAACGUGAAGAUGACCUUGACCUUUAUAUGUCUGGACUAUCAUCACAGCUUGUGCACGACAGAAUCCAAAAAAUUCAAAAUGAACUAUCAGACCUUCAAGCUGAGCUGGACAAAACAACAUAUCUGCUGAAGAUUGCUGAUCCAAUGGGAGAAGCUUCUCGUAAAAGGGUUCUCAUAGCAGAAGCACCAAAACCCAAAACCACUCCUAGUGUUCCUAAGCCACCAAAACCUGAGCAAAAGCAAGGCAGUCUACCUUCACUUCCUGUGGGUUCUGUCACUGAAGACUCUUCCAUUACAAAACAAAAGGAACAUACAGAAGCCACUGAGAUCACUGAGGACACAAAUUCCAGCAAACCUGUGUAUACUGCCUUAAAACCACAGUGGCUUGGUGCCACCAGGGAACUGCCAGAAGAGAAUAUGGUUCUGGAAACUCAGUUAGAUGAGAAUGAGUUGGAUAAUUUUGUAGACUACGGAGAUAGGAACAAAGCUCUAAAGCCUGUGAACAGUGGGUCAGAUAUUAAAGGGGCAGCUUCUGGUCUAAUUAUACGGAAAGGCAAGUCUGUCCAUGAGACCAAAGCAGUUGGUGGUAUAAAUUCUGAAGCGGAAGUGUCAGUUUCAUCUGAUGCUGAAGCCUCUGCUGUAGAUGCUAUAGCUCUGCUACUUAAGCACAAGCGUGGUUUGUCUGCUUUAGAGGAAGAAGAACGUGAAAGCAAAAAAUCCAAAAGCAGGGAUAGAGGAAAAGAUAGUUCAAAGCAGAAGCGCGUUCUUGGUCCCUCAAGACCUGAUUUUCUUGGAGGCAAACCAGAAUAUGAAGCAUGGGUACCACCUGAGGGACAAACGGGGGAUGGACGCACCUCACUUAAUGAUCGUCUGGGCUAUUAGUUUAUGGUGUUGUUGCAAAAAGUAAUGCUUGAUGAUCUUCGUUAACCUUGUUCUGUUCUUCCCAAGUCUAAUGAGAUUGAAAUCAUGCGGGAAUGAGUUGUGUGAUAACUUCCUCCUGAAUGCUAUUUGGGGCUAACUUCCAUGGUAUUCCUCUUAUAGUACUGGCAAUCAUGACCGGUUACGUGCGAACGUCUAUUUCUCCUAUCACCUCCAAUGUUGUUACUGGGCGCUGUAUGCAAUUGAAGUCAAUGCAAGUACCACAUGAAAUGCCAUAUUUUACUGCUGAGACAUCUGCAUGAGUUGCAGCUACAAUGAAGACCAAGUUAAAAAAUAUUACAAAAAGCAGAGCCUUCAACAAUGCUUUCUUUUUAUGCGAUUUACUGUGUUUUGAUAUGCAAAUUCUUCAGUUGCUUUGAGCUAGGACACUUGAUUUUACAACGUUUUCUUAAGGCUGAAGUUAGCGAUGCUAAUUAGCUGUGUAUAUAUGCCAGUUCUCAGGUCAUACACUGCCUUACAGCAUUACGAAGUUCCAGUUACUCUGGCCGUUUUUGGCUGAACACUUGUAAUAUCAUUAUCCAGUGGUUAAAUCCAAUCUAAAGUUGGAGUCA